AUGGCUACUUCUAGUGAUAACGUGAACAGUCUUUCACUUAAUUCAUAUUUUGAGCGUUUAAAAAAUGGACCUCCAUUUGCUCCUGGUGAAGAAAUGCAGUAUGAAGCGCUGAGGGUCAGUUCGUUUCAAAACUGGCCUGUCACCGCACCCGUGGGAGCAACGCGUCUUGCCCGAGCAGGAUUUUAUUAUUCUGGGGAGGGUGACAGGGUCAUUUGUUUCUCUUGCCAUGGACGUUUGCAGAGCUGGCAACCGGGAGACAAUCCAGAGUUGGAACACAUGAGGCAUUUUCCGACAUGCGAUUAUAUCAAAGGGCUGGGCAACAGGAACAUGCCUAUAUUAACAACCCCUGCUCCUGGUGCUGGUCAGGCAGCUUUGGAGGAAGAUAGAGGGGCUGUCGGCGGCAUGUCCAUUACUGUGCAAGGAGGGGGCACUUUUGAAAACAAAUCUACAAAUACAGCACAAAAUAUAGAUGCCCCAGAUGGGGUCAGAACAUCAGUAUACAAUAACCCGGAGAACAGCAGUAGUGAUUCUUACUACCGCCAAAGCACGUGGGCAAGAUUAGAGACGUUUGUCAAUUGGCCACAUAGCGAUAUAGAUCCACAGACUGUGGCAGAAGCAGGGUUUGUAUUCACUGGAAGAACAGACACCGUGCGCUGCGUGUUUUGCCAAGGGAAGAUGUGCAACUUUGAAACCGGGGACGACCCAAUGGCUGAACACCGCCGACAUUUUCCACUUUGCAGCUUUGUCAACCAGUCGAAUUUGCAAGAAGAUGGCACCACUGUUAGCGCUAACGAAGCCCUGCUUGCGCUUUCAGAGGAGAGCCCCAUAGUGUUUGAAAGGCCAAAGAACCAACAGUUUGCCAUUGAGGUUAAAAGAGUCCAGUCUUUUACCGAUUGGCCAAGAGACAAGUCCCAGGCUCCUGCAGAACUGGCACACGCUGGAUUCUUUUAUGCAGGCUACGAUGAUAAAGUUAAGUGCUUUUUCUGCAAUGGAGGAUUAUGUAAUUGGGCACAAGGAGAUGAUCCAUGGGUAGAACAUGCACGCUGGUUUCCUAAAUGCGGGUUUGUCAAACAGUGUAAAGGCGUGGACUUCAUUAGGGAUAUCCAAGGGAAAGGAAAAUCGUCGCCUACCAAGGAAAUAAGUGUGGAAUCUGCCAUGAGGUCACCUGCAGUUCGCUCAGUUCUGGGCAUGGGUUUUGAUGUUGCUGUAAUUCGGCAAAUAGUGGAAAAAUUGUUCAAAGAAAAAGGGCCAGAACCUCCCAGCGCUGAAGUCAUAAUAGAAGAACUAUUUGCUUUAGAAGAAAAGGCCAAAAAGGAGGAUAAUCAAAUGGAAGGGACUUCGCAACAGCUUAUCUCUGAUUCCGAGAAUCUUGCUGGAAGUGAUAAUGAUAUUGACGAUGGUGAUGACGAAAUAUCAGUAAUGCGUCGUGAAAAUCGAGACCUGAAAGAAAGAAGACGUUGUUUCACCUCGUCCUGUACUGAAGAUGCAACCGUUUUAUUUUUGCCUUGUGCCCAUAUUACUUGCUGCAAAAAUUGCGCUCCAAAUGAAAGGAAUUGCCCAAAAUGUUCAAAGAAGAUAGCUGCAACCGUGAAUACGUUCUUUGUGUAAAGUUUUCAGAUCGCUUAUGAUCAAGAGCGGGUAC